GCGUCGUGUUUAUGGGAGUUGUAGUUCACGCGACGUUAGCGCGCUGUUAGCAGGCGCUGUAAAAAACUACAAAUCCCAGUUGUGUUAACGCGGAAGUGAAGAAAGAAAACAUUAGAAACAAGAUGUCUCGCGCUGCUGGGAAGAAGAGAAAAUUAGAUAAAAGUCGUCAGGAGAGGCUUUAUUUCGACAGCUACUCCGAUGUGACGAUCCACGAAGAGAUGAUAGCGGACCACGUCCGGACCAGCGCCUACCGGACCGCCAUCUUCAGGAACAGCGAGCUGAUCCGGGYCAAAGUGGUUCUGGACGUGGGAGCGGGAACCGGCGUUCUGAGCAUCUUCUGCGCGCAGGCCGGCGCGAGGAGGGUGUUCGCCGUGGAGGCCUGCUCCAUAGCCGAGCAGGCGGAGAGGAUCGUGGCCCAGAACCAGGUGCAGGACCGGGUGGAGGUCAUCCGGGGCACGGUGGAGGCCGCGGACCUGCCGGAGCAGGUGGACGUGAUCGUGAGCGAGUGGAUGGGCUACGCGCUGCUGCACGAGUCCAUGCUGACGUCGGUGSUGCACGCGCGGGACCGCUGGCUGAAGCCCGGCGGCCUGAUCCUGCCGAACCGGGCCGAGCUGUACAUCGCUCCGGUCAGCGACCCGGUGGCGGAGGAGCGCCUGGACUUCUGGUUCACCGUGAAGGAGCAGCACGGGGUGGACAUGUCCUGCAUGGCCGACUUCGCCCGGAAGUGCAUCAAGAACUCGGACGUGAACGUGAGCGCGGUGGCCGGGGAGGACGUGCUGUCCCACCCGGCCCGGUUCGCCGAGCUGGACCUGCGCUCGGUGACCGCGGAGGAGRUGCGGUCGGUGCGCGGCGCGUUCCGGUGCCAGGCGUUCGGCGCGGCGGCCGUGAACGCGCUCUGCGUGUACUUCACGGUCAGCUUCCCGUGCGCGGACGGUCCGCAGCCGCUGGUCCUGUCCACGUCCCCCUUCCAACCGGAGACCCACUGGAAGCAGGCCGUGCUGUACCUGGACGCCCCGGUGCCGGUGGUCCAGGACACUCCGGUGUGCGGGGAGGUCCACAUGUUCCCGUCAGAGGACAGCGCGAGACACGUGUGUGUGCACGUGGACUACAGCAUCGGAGGGCAGAGGAGACAGUCCAAGACCUUCUCCAUCCCGGACUGGACCUCUGAUGCUCACACACACUCUUAAUGUUUAUAAAACUUUACAUUUAAUAACUGUCAGAGUUUUAAAUAAAGGAUGACUCUCAGCUACCACCCAGCU